AUGGUCGCCCACGGAUUUCUUGCACGGCUUACAGCCGCAGCUCUUUGCCUUAUCGCUAUCCCGACAUCGGCUGCUCCUGUUGACAAGCGAACUGGCGUUGUUCCUGCUCUCUCUGGUGCAGAGGAGGUUGUAGGAGCUGGCACAUACCCUCGUGCUAAUUACCUAUCCGACGGAUCGAUUAUUAGUGCUUAUACAGCAUUCGCGAACAGCGACAGCAUCAUCACCAUUGCCCACUCAACCGACGAGGGAGUAUCCUGGACCGAAAUCGGAACGGUGGCCCAAGGACCAACUGCUACAACCGAUAUUGACAACCCAUACCCAUAUCAACUCCCCUCAGGACGUAUCCUCGUUGCCUUCAGGAACCACGAUCGCUCAAACGGUGUUUACACCUUCUUCCGUAUUACUAUCUGUUACUCUGAUGACAACGGUGCCACUUGGGCCUACCUCAGCACCCCAGCCUCUGACCCAGGCCCAACCAACGGAAACUGGGAGCCCUUCCUCCGCAUGGCCGAGGAUGGUACUACCCUGCAACUUUACUACUCUCGCGAAAACUCCGCAGCCGAUCAGGACAGUUUGAUGCGUACUUCGACUGAUGGCGGUGCCACUUGGACCUCUGCCACUGUCAUCUCUGGCGCUGAUACCACUGAUGCUCGUGAUGGCAUGCUUGGUGUCACCCAAGUUUCCGGCAACAACCUCAUCGCAGUCUUCGAGUCCGAGACUAACGGUGGUAAAUUUUCUGUUUACUCCAUCACCAGCUCCGACGAUGGCGCUACCUGGGGUAACCGUCAGGCCGUCUAUGCUCCCUCCGGUUACAAUGCGCAAGCUCCUCAGGUCACCAACGUCGGUGGUACCCUCGUUGCUAGCUUCCAGACUGAUGAGGAUGGUGGCUCCGGCGAGGCUAUCAAGAUCUUGACUAGCAGUGAUGGCGGUGUUACUUGGGGGAACAAGUUGACCACCUUCCCUGCUACCAGCAACUGGGCUGGUUUGUUGGCUCUUGAUGACGACGUUAGCUUCUUGAGUUUGGCUGAUCACUCUGGUGCUAAGGCCCAGAAGGUCACCCUCUCGUAA